CCCUCACAUCAACUCUUGUUCCAAACUUUUCUCUUCGCUCUCAGACUGAUCCAGAACAACCGCCGCGCCGUUUUUACGCACAGCAGCUCCUGCAGCUGGAGCACUUUUCUCCUCCUAAUCAUGGAUGACGAGUUCCUCUCCAACCUUUCUCCGACUCCUCCCGGAGACCCCGAGGCUUUGACCCCCAACUCCACCCUGGAGCCCGGCUGGUGGGGGUCCUCAGACGGCGGGGAGACGGCGCACUUCGUGCUGCGCUGCGUCAUGACCUCUGCCUACAUCCUCAUCAUCACCGUGGGUCUGUUGGGCAACAUCACCCUGGUGAAGAUCUUUAUCACCAACAGCGCCAUGCGCAGCGUGCCGAACAUUUUCAUCUCCAGCCUGGCUGCGGGAGAUCUGCUCCUGCUGGUCACCUGUGUGCCCGUGGACGCGUUCCGGUUCUUCUCUGAGGAGUGGGUGUUUGGCGAGGCGGCCUGCAAACUCAUCCCCGUUAUUCAGCUCACCUCUGUCGGGGUGUCGGUCUUUACGCUCACGGCUCUCAGCGCGGACAGGUAUAAGGCCAUCGUGAACCCGAUGGACAUUCAGACAUCCAGCGCUGUCUUCUGGACAUGUCUGAAAGCUGUUUCCAUCUGGCUCCUCUCUGUCCUGCUAGCUGUCCCUGAAGCCAUUUUCUCACAAGUUGUUUCCAUGCAGAAUCACAGGGACAAUAUGAACGUCACCUUUGUGAAUUGCGUGCCCUACCCGCUGUCCAAUGAGAUGCACCCUAAAAUUCACUCGGUGAUGAUCUUCCUGGUUUACUUCCUGAUCCCUCUGACCAUCAUCUCCGUGUACUAUUACCACAUUGCCCGCACGCUAAUCAAGAGUGCCCACGACAUGCCCGGAGAAGUCAGUGAACACACCAAGAGACAGAUGGAGACGAGGAAGCGCCUGGCCAAGAUUGUGCUUGUUUUUGUGGGCCUGUUUGCGUUGUGUUGGUUUCCCAACCACGUGCUCUACAUGUACCGCUCCUUUCACUACCACCAGAUGGACCUGUCCCUGGCUCAUCUCAUCAUCACCUUGGUGGCCAGAGUCCUCAGCUUCUCCUCCUCUUGUGUCAAUCCCUUCGCUCUCUACCUGCUCAGCGAGAGCUUCCGCCGCCACUUUAACAGUCAGCUGCGAUGCGGACGAGGUGCCCGUCCUGAACGCCAACCCAGCUACAUGCACAGCACCUCUCACAUCCGCCUCACAUCCAUCAAGAAGACCGUGCCCACCGCCGUGGUUGUGGCUCCAGCAGCAAACGGCAACCCCAAUAAACAGGAAGUGGCUCUUUGAAGAGGGGAACCUUCCAGGAUGCUCUGCUGAGAGACUCCGCUCCAGUUUAAAAGAGGGGUCCUGGGACAGUAACCCAGUGGAUGGGUGGGGAUAAAAGUCCUCAGAUGUUGCACCAGUCGGGUGAAUCAUGUCAUCGCUUUAAGUCAUGAGCAUCUUAAACAAACAAAACAAGAAGUGCCUCUUUGGAACAAAACAAGAGCAGAAAACAGUGAGGAUGUGCUACGACUCCCCAGCUUACAGAAUAUCAGUGGACAACUGGAGGCAGUAGAAAUGCUUUAGAAACAACUAUUACAUGAACAUGUCCAGAAGGUUUGCUGUUGAUGCUCUGAUUUGGAGAUCUGCCUGUGCUUUGUCUGCUGAUAGAAGUGGCUGCAUCCAAAGAGAAUUGUUAAAAUGGUGGAAGGUCUAACCUGUGACUUCCUGGACGCCUCUGCAGCCUCUUCUGAAGAAUUUAAAUCACACGAGGCUCGCUUAGGCAGGCUGGAGGGUACGUUCUUUGCACAUGUGGCCCUUUUCCCUUAAAACCUAAUCAGCAUGGAUUGGAUCUACUUGCAUUUUUGGCUUCUCCAUCAGUGAA